AUGAACACAAUUCUCUCGUUAUUCCUCGGGCUGGUCCCAGGAAGUCUGAAAUCCGGUUUCGAUUUCUCAAAUUCCGACGAAUCGAGACACUAUAUACCCAUCAUGCAAAAUUCAUUUUCCCCCAGCGCAACCAAAGAGCACAAAAACACACCAAUUCCACCUUCAAGCACACCCCCGCCUGCUUACAAUGAUGUGUGCGGCGGCGCCAUUAUCAUAAACCAAGAUGGCAAACCUCAAUUGCUAUCACCAGAGGAAGAGGAAGAGCGACAACAUCGACUGCAGCAAGCCGUGCGCGAGAAGAUGUUAGGGUUACCACGGACGACGAAGUUUGAAUGGUACCAGCGAGCAUCGGGGAUGUCAGGAAUGUCGGGAACUACAGGAACCGAGAGUGAGGAAUUACCACUGCCGCUGUAUACACCCUGA